AGGAAGGGAAGAGCCGUGCUGUUGACCACGAACAGUAGCUACUGACCAUGAACAAUAGCCAUCGCGCUUUUCUUCGAAAGCUAGCGAUCUGCGGGAGUCGGUUUCCUAGUCUCUGUGUUUUUCUCCUCCUGUUUAUCAUGUUCUUUUCCCUACUUAAAGGGUAGUAAAGAUUAUGCAAGGCUUGCCUUUCUCUGACCGAGCCACAAAAAAAUCCAAAGAGUCCCCUCCCCUCCUCUCUCCGAAAAGAGAGCUAUACAUACUCGAAGUAGUGGCAAUUUUUUUACUAGGCUUUUAUCAACACGAACAUUUUUUGUUCUGUUUAAUGAGGAAAUCUUCAUCCAUUUUUGAAUUUUGACUAGGAGAUUAGUACAUGAGGAUUUAUCAAUACAGCAAAUGCAAUUUACUUGCCGCGAUGACGCUGGAAGCGGCAACGACCUCGCAUGGCUGGAAUGGCUCCGACCGCUAUUUGAGAGUCGUGAGUCGCUUCUUGCGCAGCGAUUUCAGCGAGAAGCGUUCUUGGCAGAAGUCGUAUACCGAAGACAGAGGGACGGGGGCGACGUUACGGAAAUGAAUAGAGCCCUAGCGGAGGCACGCAAUCGAAAAAAUCUCCGCGAAUCGUACUACCUGGUGGUCGCGCGAAUUCAAGUGGCCUCCAGUGAAGGAGUAGGGGUGGCACUUGCACCUGAUGAGAUUCAUCACGCAGACUACCCUAUUAUUUCCACCAAUCACUCUGCCGACUUUCCUACACACGAGCUCUGUGGAUGCCUCUACGGUCCCGGAGUGUGGCCUGCUCUUGCUGCGGACUCCCGCUCGACGCAAUUUGCAGACCCCGAGGACUGCUACGUCUUUGCCUUCUCCGCUAGUGGUCAGUCAUUUUUUGAGAUGGCGUCAUCCUCAACAGGAGCUGAAGGGAUAUCCUCGGAAGCUGCUGCAGGAGCAUCUUCGAGUCAACAAAGCAGGGCUGCAGUGCCAAAAACCGACCGUCCUGUUGAGGUCUGUCGGGGUGUCGACCCGAAUGCAAAUCUGUACUUCGACGGAGACGACCCAGCAUGCCAAUCUACAGCUUGCCUUCGUGCUUCCAGCGACCAUGGAUUCAUAGUCGGGGGCUCGAAUCUCGGCGCCGCUCUCAGCCUUUCGGUGGACCUCGAUCGCGCCGCAUACGGCCGAUCGACACUUUUUCCAGAUUGGAAAACGGGGAACCGAACGUCAAAGAGUGGCGCAACAGGAGCUUAUGCAUCUUGAUCUUCAAUGAUAGAACAUACAAUCAAUGAGAGAGUGAGGGCUACUUCUAUGUAUACGAUGAUCAUCAUCUUGUUUAAGUGCACUAUGUAUAAAUAUGUUUAUAGUGCAUCUACUGAUGUAGGUGCUGAACAAUUGUGCCAUUCGUGAGACUGAAGAGGAAAAGGAAUUCCACUCUCUGCGUCUGUGGUCGCUAAUUUGGAUCCGCGCCAAGCAUGCACCGCGUUAUCGACGUCGCAGCAAUACGCUUCGUACCAGCACAAGCCUCAGAAGAGGACAAGCUCGAUAAUGAGGAAGAAGCUGGGCCCACAGCUCUACAAGAAAACCAGGACACCUUCAUGUUAAACUUCAUAUCCUCGUCGACAAGAAAUCAGGCGAUAUAUAGAAACUAUUUUGGGUGAAAAACGAUGUACUUAACUAAAAGAUUUUGUGAAUAAUAUCCUGAAGAACAACUCAGCCGAUGCUGCAAAUUUCAACAAAGGCCGGUCCUGGUCCUAGAUUUCUUGAGUAC